UUCGAACUGCCCUCCCACCCCGUCAGGAGAGCCACGACCACCCAUAGGAAACCCCCACUUGACCAGCGUUGCCAUUGAGCGAUGCGCUUUGAAUUUAGGGAGACAUCACCUGCGUUUUGGAUGCACAACACAACCGGUGGGCUUCAUUUUUUAUUUUUUUCCUCAGCGGGAACAGUUAUGGUUACGGAUUCGGGUGUUUACACUUUUUGACGGGUUUCCAGUGGCACGAUAACAUGCAGAGCCACGGCGACAGACACGGCUGUCAGUCCAUAGAUUAGAUUCAAACGACCCGCAGUCAAACGCGCUGCGCGUGAGCUCAUGUUUGAUUUGUUCUAUUUCUUUCCAUGCGUAGAAAGAAUCCUGACAAUGGUCUGGGGACGGACCGCCUCUUCAGACACAUAGUUGUAUCUGUUUUUACAAGACGUAUCAGUUCGGUGCUUCGCGUUUCAUCGAAGAGAACGCGACACAUUGACGAGGAGUCACUCGACACCGACGCCGCUCGAGCCAGAGGACUUUGUGUGCGAAGUUUGCGCCGACGCGAGGGGGGCCAAGUCGGAGACGUCGCGGCCACAUAUCCACGGCGUUUUCCCUGAAAGGUGGGAGGUCAGCUGUUUGUGGUCAUGCUGUCCCUGGACGAGCCCCUGGACCUGAAGCUCCCUCGACGGGCGAAUGGGUGGGACAGAGGGGCGCGCUCCCCCCCCAUCUCCCCGCUGCACCCCAAGCGAGCUCGCCAGCUCCGAAUGGCGGAUGACGGCACCGCAGUCAUAGAGCCCGCCUCGCCAUCAUCUCCGCACACAGGUGUGCAGGUGGUACCACAUGAUUGGGCAGACACCCCCACCCCCCCUGCGGUGGACCUGAGCAUGUCUCCCUCCUCCCGCCACACCACCAGCUCUCCAGAAAUGACCAACGGCAACUACAUGGCCUCAGGAAAUUCUCACAUCUCACAGGCCUUUCAGUUUUUCAUGCCAAUCGGAGCCGGGGCGGGACUUCACCUGCCAACCUCAAUGUUCAUUGGCCAGACUAGUGACAAGAGAGCCUCUCCUGACCUCUCAGCGGACGAACAACUGGCCUGCCACUGGAAGAAGUGCCAUCUGCUCUUCGACUCCCUGCAAGACCUGGUGGACCAUGUCAACGACUUCCAUGUAAAGCCUGAGAAGGAUUCUGGGUACUGCUGCCACUGGGAGGGCUGUGCUCGCAAAGGGAGGGGUUUCAAUGCUCGGUACAAGAUGCUCAUCCACAUCCGCACUCACACUAACGAGAAACCCCAUCGCUGUCCCACCUGCAACAAGAGCUUCUCACGCCUGGAGAACCUCAAGAUACACAACCGGUCACACACAGGGGAAAAGCCCUACAUUUGUCCUUAUGAGGGUUGCAACAAGCGCUACUCCAACUCCAGCGACCGCUUCAAGCACACUCGCACACACUAUGUGGACAAGCCGUACUACUGCAAGAUGGUGGGCUGCCUGAAGCGCUACACAGACCCGAGCUCUCUCCGCAAGCACAUCAAGGCCCACGGCCACUUUGUGACUCAGGAGCAGGGCUCCUCAGGUGGGGUGGGCUCGCUGCUGAGGGGGACUCAAGGUGGAUUGCUUGCUCGCGAAGGGGGUAAGGAUUCAGAGCCGUCCUAUAUGAGUGCAGCCCACAUUAUCAUCCCAGGGGCAGCGGCUGCUUUCCUUGGAGGCCAUGCUCUGCAGGGUCUGGGUGGUGGUCUUCCACUGUCCCGCCUCAGUCCUCGGCCCCUGGAUCUCAGCACGCUCGGUUGCACCGGUUCACCACCCAUCCUGUCCUUCAACGGCUCCACGCUGGGCCUGGCCAAAUCCACUCUGCUCUCCCCAGGCUUCCACUCCUCGGCCCUGGGCCUGUCGAUGAUGCCCAUGCUGGGGAUUUCGUCCGAGUGCAGGUCCCACGGCCAACAGGCCAAGAGGGGCCGGGGGGAGGAGUUAGAGAACGAGGUGACUGGGGGGGUCUUGAACCUCUCCACGGGAUCCCAUGAUCCCCUGUCCUGGGUGGUCAUCCCCCCAGGCACCGUGGUGCUCAAGCCAGCUGUGGUCAACUGAUACACACACAUCCAUGCAUACACACACACACACAUUCCAGAAGAGCUCAGGGGUCGGGAUGGGAGGGUGAACGCCAUAGUGGGGGUACAGACGGUCAAAGGUGACUGGCUCGCACAAUCAAUUCCAGGCAAUGCAUUUCAGAGAGAGGUUGUAAACAGAGAAAAACUGUAGAAACUCAUCAGCAAAACAAUAGAUAACACUCACUACACCUCACAAGAAACAAGUACACAACGCAAGCCUCUUGUCUUGAUGGGAAACUAAACUUGGGGCCCAAGAAUUGUUCAGAACCUUAUAUGGCUCCGUAUUUUUAUCACAAGGCCCAGCAACGGGCUCCUCUUUGCUCUCCUAUUUUGUAUUUUUUUCUUUAUUCAUUCCUGUUUUCUUGAUGUGACAGUCUUAGUGCUCUGUGUUCUUACAAAAGUCCUGAUUCAUCGAUAAGUAUUUAUAUAACUGUACUGCACAGACAGUGUGCCUCCAGCUUAGCAGUGAGAUAGAUGUACCGUGUAACUCAAUGACGCACUCACAGUUAGGAAAACUUACACGUACUAGGACAAUUCUCCACAGUUGAUUUUGAAGUUAUGACCUAUUUUUCACAGUCUGCUGUGAUUUAUAUGAUUCAGACAGGCUUGCCAGACCAAAGCAAGUGAACUCAAACCGGUUUCAGCUCCGAGACAGUCCAAUUAAACACAGCACUUAAUAGUGUCAACUGGUUUUAGUACUGAAACCUCAAAACUGCUGCUAACCUCUCAGCUCCCUCAGUCUAACUGGGGAAAGAGCUCUUAUGACAAUCUGUCCCUAGUUUGGGGACCGAGAUGGACCAGCCUAGUCCACCAGAGUGUGUGCAGACUAGGGGCUUUUAGGGCACAGAGCGAACUGAUGCCCUAACACAGACAGACGGUGUUGCAUCACCUGACAACGACCAAUCAUCACUUCAUCUUUUACACAAGUGAUAUGUGUAAUGUAAAACCAGCAGCGUGUCUGGCUCCCCCCUCUGGUGGGACUCGAUGCACAACGCCCCGCUCUCCAUUUACAGACCCGUAAUUGAACCAACACGGCCAGUUUGUGUAUGAAAGGGCCACUGUGGUGAUGAUAAACACUAGUUUCUUGUUUCAAAAAAAAAAAAGUGACCCGACCGAAAACCAGCUGUGAAAAAACAGGUGGUCGUCAGACUUUCGCCCGGUCGGUUGGUUUUGAGUCCCAUGCUGUGCCAAAAAUACCUGGAGAGCGCAAAGAGGGCCGCGCCGUGCCACCGAGGGGGUUGUGAUGCACCCGAUGCCACAGGCAGCUGGACUGACUAGCCACACUAUUGCAAACUGCCUCAUUUUAUUUACUCUGUCCAAAAGGGGCAACAACAACAAAAAAAAAGACUAAUUUGACGUCUGGGAAAACUUUUCUCACGUUUACGAUGACGCACUUACCACAUAUUAUAUACUCCUUACAAAAUGUUACUGCCAAGAGAUGGUUUCUUAAAAAAAAAAAAAAAAAAAAAUUAAAUAGAUUGCUCUUUUUUCUGCAAGGGGCUAUUUUUUGUCCCCCCGUGGACUCAUUCCGGGCCUGCUCGGUGCUCAGAGCUCAUGUACAAUGUCGACUGCCGUCUCCACAGCGGAGAGGGGGGUCGUCCCCAGGAACAUUCCCCAAGAGAGAGACUGUCGCACACCGCCCUCCUCUUUUUUUCACUGCUCCAUCUCUGCUGAUGUUGGUGGUCUUACCUUUUCAUCGCACGGUCUUAGAAAUAAUCAGUUGUUGCUGUUUUUUGUAUUGUUGUCCUUAUUUUUUUUUCUUUUUCUUUUGCUGUUCGGACGAGACAUUUCUUUCUGAUGUUGAAGUUGCUUGUUGUGUUCUGUGACGGCUGCUCUGCACUCAGCUUUCUGCUGUCGAGGAUGAGUCUUUGAAGAGGUCGAGGAGAACACGAGAGGGGGGGGGGGUGAUGCAUCUGAGGGGGUCAUAUGGUGAUUACAUUUAGUAAAACCUUUUAUUUUGUGCUUUUAAGCUAUGCUAUCAAUGUAUGGCCGGUCCACCCUGUUGGUCCGGACUGAAAUAUCUAAAUACCCAUUGGAGGAAUUGACAUUUUGUAUUUUGUUUCCCAAAGUGAUAAAUCCAAAUGACUUUGGUGAUUCCCCGAAUUUUCAUAUUGACAUCACAGGGUCAAAACCUAAGUUUAGGACUAAAAUUCCACAAAACUAAUGACAUUGACAGCCUCAGCGGCACUUUGUUUAGUGCCAAUAUGCUCAAAUGAGACGGUGAGCCCAGUAAAUAGUACCAAACAUCAGCACGUUACAUUGUCUCCGUGCCCGAGUGCAGCCUCACAACGCUGAUAGCACGGCGGUGGACUCUUCGUCUUGUUUUUUUUAAUCUGAAAUACUGAAUAUGGCUAACAUAUUGUGGGAGAGAGAAACCACUCUUUGGUGCUUGGUACUGCUCACAACAAUAUGUGCAAACUCCGGCCGUGCGGUAAAGGGAUGAUAUUGCUUCAUUUAAGUUCCCAUAAGUCACAAAGGUUAGAGAUCACUGCUCUGGGGGGGAAAUAAGAAAACAUAUAUCUAGUGGACCAAAUAAUAUCACAUUCCUCCAUGACAAUCAUAUUACGAGAUAAUUUAGAGAUGGUGUGGGCUUCAAAUACCAUCUGUCUUAAGUGUCCUAACUAAAUUAUCCUUGGGGGCUAAAUUAGAUCUGCAAACGCUGCUUCCUUUGUUCUGACUUUUAAUUUCCAGCAGCAGAUAAAAGGCAGUCCGUAGAGAAAUAACAUCCGACUGUGAAAUGGCGGAGCGGCGCCGGGAAAGCAUGAGAGCAAACAGGGAAAGGGAUUGGCUGUAUGAAUGGACAAGGAAGAGGAAGAGACGAGAGGCUGUGUGCCAGCAGAGGAGAAGAGGCUGAGGAUAGCUGCUCCGUGCAGCCGCCCUCCAUCUGGUCACCUCCCCAGCAAACGGCCCUCUGAGCUCCGAAGUCGCUGGCUGUGCGGUGCCCAAUGUGGCAGCAACUCACAGGCGCUCCGGCCUGCAGGAAACUGGGCCACUGAACUCUGUCUGCCCUCUGGGGGGGUUUUUCUUCUUCUUUUUUUUUUUUUAGAUUAAACCCAAAAGGCUCUGCUCCCCCACCUCCCGGCCACAAAGCAUUUUUUUACCAGAUGAGGGACAACAGGCAGACUAACAAGCUGCGUUCACAGUAAACAAACAGAACCCUUCCGGUGUGAGGCUGAUCUCUGUGUCGGGCCUGUGAGGAUUCACAGCAGAGAUGAACUGCAUACCUUUGUUUCUGCGUCAGUGAUUCUUAGUCAUCGUUAUUUUAGACUCUCACACACUCUCUCUCUCACUCUCUCUCUCACACACACACACACACAGUCUCUGCGUUCAGGCUGGCCAUUGAAGUGAGUAUCCCAGGUGUUAAGUAGGCUAGACAUGGUUUCCGUGGCAACAGUGAAACCCACAGAUGCAGCGGCUCUCCUCCUCCUCCUCCUCCUCCUCCCGGUCUCCGUCCGUCUCUCCUCUGCAGAUCGAAAGGCAGGGAAAGAAAGAGGCGGCAGAAAGCUGAAUAAUAUGACACGGACCCUCACGGGGUCCACAUCUUUUGAAUAUCAAAAUAAGCUGUAUGAUCCAUUAACCCUUUGAGCUCAGUCUGUAAUGAACUGCACUUUUGUUCCCCUCAUAACGUGUGUAGAUACGGGGAUGUCGCCACAUCCUCUCUCAGUGUACAGCGUUAUUCAGCAUUUGUUUUUGAGAACCAAGAAUAAUUGUAAAAAAAUCAUCCUCGGUCGUCAAAAUGUCUGAAUUUUGUGUCUUUUUUUUUCUUUUCUCGACAGUAUAAAAGUGGUACUUGCUCCUGGAGAUUUUUUAAAGUAACCCUCACUUAAUGCUAUGAAAGGUGGAACUGAAAUCCAGGGCACAGAAUUAGUGUUAGCGAGGUCGGUGUCGUUGUAAAGCGUCGACCGAAGUGCCACAGUGUUGCACAAAGGGUUGAUGAUGAGACUAGGGCCACGCAAGGCCUGUUCCAAGUUAUGUUUUUUGCACAUUUGUGAGAUAUUGUCAGUAUUUUAAUUUUUCCAAGUGCCUUUUUAUUAUAGGUAAAAUAAAGAAGCUAUACACUAUAUGAAAAAAAAUGAUUAUAUAAAAAUAUAUUUUUCCUGGCAUCAUGUUCUGUGGUUGAACAUGCAGAAUUUUAGAGUUGUAAAAGUCUCAAAUUGGUACAACAUAGCGGUGUUCUCCUGUUUUAGAGGAAUUUUAU